CAAUCCGCCCGCAGUUCGGCGCGUGCCAUGACCUGCCACCUCCAACCCUCCGCUUAAUUCGCUGUCAGGGGAUUCACUUCCCUAAAUUCUGACAGCUACAUGCGAGUAUUCACUUCCACGUCUCAUGAGUUAACCUGUGAAUGGCCCCGAUCUGGUGACGGGAAUGUUAUGAACAGACCUAAUGCCAGCUACUCGAGAACAUAUCUCACGCGAGAGAACUACCGCGGCGCAACACUGCUGCGAUCUAUUCGAGGAGAAGAGUCUCGUCGACAACUACCGAGCUCAAUGAUGAAGACCGACGUGCGGGAAGAUGAGAGUCUCAUCUACGCGCCACCUGAUUCCAGCUCCUCGGACGAGGAUGACCAGCUGGCCCGCAAACCUCCCACUCAGUCCAAAAGCAAGACUCCGAAGCCCCCCAGCCCAUCCACGAAACGAGCUGCGAGCACAGCUGCCUCAAACAGACCGAAACGGCAGAAGCUCAAGGAUGAACCUGCGCUUGACACGCUAAAGGCCCUUGAAGAUUCCACUCUUAGCGAUCCAUUCCCCGGUUGGACCUCGUCGGGCUCGCAGAAGAGAAAACCCUCCAAGAACUAUGCAAAUCGCAAAUUCUUUCAAAAGCUGGAGCCCAUCGAGAGCAUGACUGAGCCAGGUGCAAAAGGGACCGGGUUCGUGUCUUAUGCUGAAGUGGAAGAGCAUGAAGAGAAGGCCUCCAAAACAACAUUCAUACGCGUUGCCGAAGUACCUGCUCUACCCGUUGCGAAGGGAAAGACCAAGGCAGGCCAGAAAAUGACUAUCCCGAGCCUUCCGACCGGGGCAUCGGAGUCUAAAAGAGCGGAGAUUCAAAUACCAGAAUUGCUCGACUUUUCAUCGUCGGGCGGCACAGACCACCUUGCCUCUUUUGAUGUGGAUUCACCUCGAGGGGAAGGCCGUGAAAGAUCGGGGUCGACGUCCUCGCUGUCUUCCGUGGACGACAUGUUCCUGCUCGUGCACAAUGACGAGUUCAAGGUGGAACCUGAACCACGAUCGGCUGGAGUGUGCUGCCCGGUCUGUCAAAGGCCUGUCCGAGACACCAUGUCGGUAUUUGUGCCGGACAACCUUCGGACGAUGCCAUUUCAACAACAGCAAAAGUUUUGUUCUCAACAUCGACUUGCGGACGCACGAGGGCAAUGGGAAGAUCGGGGCUACCCCAAGUUGGACUGGGAGAAGCUGGAAACUUUUCGAAUACCGAAGAAAACCCAAGAGCUGGGGCGGGUGAUCAGUCGAGAAAGCUCCAGUUACUAUCUGGAUCAGCUGGAUGCGAAAAUCAAGGCGGCCAAGGGCAACCGCAGGACUAUUCGGAACUAUCUCAAUGAAGGCUUGAUCGACAUUGCGAAGCCGGGUUACUACGGCCCCAAAGGUGCCCGAAUCAUAGUGCAAGCAAUCACAGAGUCCCUCUCCAAGACUCUCAACAAGGCAUUACAGUCGGACCCGGCACUGCGAGCGGCCGGCGUGGGUGCAUAUGUGAGUGCAGUGUUGGUGCCCGAGCUGACCUUGCAGCUUGUGAUGGAAGACAUGAAAUUGCCGACAGCCAAGGAAGGCAGGAAGGUGCUGGACGAGAGCACUGAUAUUGGAGUCCUGUUGAAUCCGGACGACGACCAUGUGGAACGGGAACACGAUGGAGAGAAUGACUGAGGGAGCCUUGAGAUGUCGAAAGGUGUUUAUUUUGAACUUAUGUCGACGAUGAGCGUUGCAGAUGCAAGGCGCCAGUGUAAUGAUGGUUGUCGCAGCGGGAUCAGGUUCUUGCGACAUGAACAGCGAGAAGAACAGGCACCUGAGUAGAGGUGCCAUUAAUAUCUACCAGAACGAUCCUCCAUGUACCGCAUAUGGGCGUAUGCAAGCGGGUGUUUUCACGCCCUCAACUUCGAGGACGUAUAUAGCCAGUGCCAUGCACAGCUAACUUUUCCCCAUGCUCCUAUACAAAGUCCCAUGCAAUGCAUCCCCC